CUGAGUCGUCACGAACGAGAUCCAUCUACACCUUCCGUAGCGGGGAAGAGACCUGUCGGCCGCGCUCCACUCACUGGAACGCACUGGACAAGCUGAGCAGGCGCGGAAGGAGGUCGCCGAGGGCCUAGGCCGUUGGCCGAGGUGCGUCCCCUGGGCAGGAGCGCUAAGAUUCCCAGGCAGCUCCUCACACGGUCGAAAUCCAGGCCUGAAACGGAAAUGAACGUCUUUCCCAGGGAUGGGCACGCACAUUCGAGCUGGAAAACAACCGGAUCGAGGCCGCGCUUGAAGGUCUGAACUACGCUUGGUCCACCACUCACUAGUCCAGACUGUUCCUUAAUCUUACCUACUAUGGAAGGGACAGGAGGUCAAGUGGAGACCUCACCUAUCAGCCCAGUGAAAGAGAAGGACACCGCUCAACCUCAGCAGCAGGAAGAGAACGCCCAGCAAAACCUAGAUGCAACCAUUGAAGUUGGGCAGCGGCCCCCAGGGCCUCCCGCUGAAGGCCCGGGAGUGAGACCAGAUGCAGCAGCCAGUCAGACAGCAGAGAAUCCGCAAGAGAUUGAAAACCCCAUGGCUGGGCUUGAAGGUGACUCUGCUAAAUCUCACGAGACCGCAGAACAUCUCCCAGCUUCCAAUCUCUGGUACUGCCCCGAUGGCAGUUUUGUAAAGAAGAUCACAGUCCGAGGCCAGGGCUUAGAUAAACCCAAGCUGGGCUCCCAGUGCCGAGUGUUGGCUUUGGGGUUUCCGUUUGGCUCUGGGAUGCCAGAGGGCUGGACAGAACUAACCAUAGGCAUGGGGCAAUGGAGGGACAGAAUUUGGGGGGAGCUCACAGAAAAAUGCCUGGAGUCCAUGUGUGAAGGUGAGGAAGCGGAGAUUCGUCUUCCGGGAUGCUCCACACCUCUUUUCAAGCUCAGACUGGAUUCCUUCUCUAAGGGCAGGGACUCCUGGGAGUUGGAGGCUUUGGAGAAGGAAGCCCUGGCCAGGGAAGAACACUCACGCGGCACAGAACUGUUCCAAACUGGGAACACUCAAGGGGCUGCCCGAUGCUAUGGGCGGGCUCUCCGACUGCUGCUCACCUUGACCCCACCCAGGCCCCCACAGCUAACUGUCCUUUAUUCCAAUCUGGCUGCCUGCCAGUUGCUGCUCGGGCAGCCCCAGCUGGCGGCCCAGAGCUGUGACCGAGUGCUGGAGCGGGAGCCGGGCCAUUUGAAGGCCUUAUACCGAAGGGGGGUUGCACAGGCCGCCCUUGGGAACCUGGAGCAAGCAAGUGCUGACCUCAAGAAAGUUCUAGCAGUAGAUCCCAAGAACCGUGCCGCCCAGGAGGAGCUGCGGAAGGUGGCCAUUCGGGAAAAGAGACAGGAUGCAGGGCUGGCUCGGGGGCUGCGCAAGAUGUUCAGCUAAUUAAAAAGUUACAUUUCAAAAGAGA